AUGAAACAAAAUCCAUUCGAUUUACAUGUCAAUCGUUUGAAACAUGAUGUACUUGGGAAAAGACGAAAUUACGAAAAAGGAGGAAAACCUCUUCAAGCAAGAACAAAAGCAAUUGAAAAAAGAAAACGAACGCUAUUGAAAGAAUUACAAACUGUGUUUAAAAAAAACACGUUUAUUGAUCGACGUCUUGGUGAAAAUGAUCCACACAUGACAGAGGAUGAAAAAUUAAGUCAACGUCUUAUUGUUGAACGAUCAAAAAUACGCGCUGGAAAAGACAGUCGUUAUAAUCUAAAUGAUGAUGAAGAACUGACACAUUUUGGACAAUCAUUAUCAAAAUCAGAGGAAUUAAAUCAACGACCAGUUAUUGACGAUGCAGAUGACGAAGAUGUUGAUGGACGCAUAAGAUCUGAACAUUUUUUUGGUGGAUUUAAUGACAAUAAACGAAAAAUACCACAAACAAAACAAGAAUGGAUUGAUGAUAUGAUACGUACGACAAAACAAGAAAAGUAUGAACGACAACGCGAAAAUGAGAAAGUAUUUGAUUUGACUGAAACGUUAGAUGAGCAAUGGAAAGCGUUAAGUGCAAUAAUGGGAAUUAAAGAUAAAACCAAUCGACCAAUUGAAACUAAAGAGCCACAAGAUGAUUACGAUCGUUUAGUUAAUACAUUAAAAUAUGAAGCAAAAACAACGGGGGGUGCACCACUCAAAAGUGCUGAAGAUCUCCAAAAAGAAGCUAGUGAACGCAUAAAAACAUUACAGAUUGAAGAAGCAAACCGUAUGCAGCCAGCACCAAAAUCAAUAUUAUCGAAGAGAAAACAGAAAAUGGAUUAUUGUUCAGUCGAAGAAUUAGAUGAAAGUUAUUACAUUAUGGAUGGUUCAAAAAAACAUGUUAGUUUUGAUGACGAAGGUCACAUGCAAGAAAAUGGAUUUAACGAAACAACGGAGAAUAACACAUUGGACGAAAAUUCGGAAGAACAAGAAGAUGAAAAUGGGGAUUUUGAGGAUAAGAAUGGAAAUUUUGAAGAUGAUAAUGGGGAGUUUGAAGAUGAAAAUUCAGUAGACGAAUCGGAGAAUAAACUUGUAUCGGAGAAUGAUACUUCAAACGAAUUCAGUGAAAUACCAACAACACUAAAACAAUUAAAAAUUCGUCUAAAACAAGAGAAUAAAACGUUUGAAAUUAUUCUAAAACGAAUCAAAGAUCCGCGGUUGCCUCCACUACCAAAAACAAACAUAAGUAAUUAUUUUGAACUCGUACUUGAUUACUAUUGCCUUGUUACAUCAUCCAAACGGCAAAAAGAUAUGCCACCAUUGUUAAAUCGUAUUGCUAAACAUUUAUUCGAAUUAAUUCAAUUAGUCAAUAAUACUAAAACAAGAACUUGUAUUUGUGACAGAUUAAAGAAUUAUAAAAAAACUAUUAAUGAGCAAAUAGCUGAAAAGAAAUAUAUCAAAGCAGAUUAUGAAACAUCUGGUAAACUGUUUAAAUUAUUUCAGAUACUAUUCUUGAAAUUAAUUGGUCUUUUGUAUCCGACAUCUGAUUUUCGUCAUCCUAUAGCGACGCCUGCCUUCACAUUAUUAGCUCAAUUAAUGAACAGUGCUGUAUUAUCAUCAUUAUCCGAUUGUAAAACAGCAUUAAUGCUUUGUGAACUUGUACAACAGUGGACUAGUAAAAGUCAUCGUUACGUUCCUGAAGUAAUGUUACUGUUAAUAAAACUACUUCAGUUAGCAUGUCCAGAAAACAAGAAAAAUAAACGCAUUCAUUUGGGAUCAUCGAAACAAAUUAGUGAUGAUCAACUAUUGAUUUUGCGAUCAUCUACUGAAUUAGCACUUGUGUUACGUUCAUGUUUACUUUCGUUAACGCAUUUUAUUCAAAUUUAUUCUAAUUUAUCAGCCAUUAGUGAAAUAAUCGAACCAUUUAGAGUAAUACUCGAUACAAUCAAAACUACAUAUCUUUGUGAUCAAAUAGUUGAUCAAUGCAAAACAAUAUUAAUACAAGUAGAUAAUUUACAGAAAAUAGCAAGAGAAAAUCGGGUACCACUUGUACAAGGGAAACAACGUCCACAAACACUUAGGCUUUUUGAACCACGUUUUGGAAUGAAAUUUGAUGGAAAGAAAAAUAAUAGUUUACCGAAAGAAUAUAAUGAUCGUUUACGUUUACGACAAAAAUAUAAACGUGAACAUAAAUCGGCGACGAGAGAAAUACGUCGUGAUAAUCAAUUUAUAGCUAGAGAACAAUUAAAUCAACAAAUGUCAAGUGAUUCUGAACGUAAACGAAAAAUAAAAAUGUCUGAUUAUGAUAAAAAAUAUGAAUUAUCUCAGCCAUUAAAUGUUCCGCGAAGCGGUCGUUCAUCACGUUAUCGUACUCAAUCAACAAGCAGUUUAAGUUCAUCACCUGGCGGAAAUAGUAAAAAAUCGAUAAGCAAUAACAGUUCGAACAGUAACAAUAACAGUGUGUCGUUGUCUAUGUCGGCGACUGGCAACAUAACUAAUAGUGGUGUUAACAGCGGUACACUGCCUCAAUUCGAUGAAAAACAUGCAGCCGCUGGUAAUAUUUUUGAGCAUCGUCAAGAUUGGUCUAUUUUAAAUCGUGUACCAUUGCAUAAACGAAAUGCUAUUCAUAUACGAUUAGAAGAUGAAGGUCCAUAUGGAAAUGAUGAAACACGUUGUUUUGUACUGCCCCAAUUGAGUGUUUUGGGUUGUACAGAGUUAAAUUGUAUCGUAUGUCAUCAGCCAAUGAUUGUUUAUGAUCGAUAUCCAUUAGUUGAUGGUACUUUAUUUUUGAGUCCCGUAAAACAUAUUGAAAAUCCUAAAAUAUCGAUUGGCGUCUAUCAUAAUGAUCGACAAUUAUAUUUACAUUCAAUAUGUUUGGAUUGUCUAUCAAUGCGAACUGUAUUAGCUCAAUGUCGUUCAUGUAAAACACAAUUUAAUUUUGAUCCAAUGAUUAUUGGUACGUUGUACUAUUAUGAUCUAUUUGCUGCAUUUCCCUGCUGUCAACAACGUUUAAAAUGUUCAUCAUGUGGUCAUACAAUUAUUCAGAUCAAAGAUGGUCUACAACAUUUUAGCUCCUAUAGUCAAGAAUAUGAAUGUACACAAUGUGGUUCGAAACAAUGUCAUUUUGUCAAAAUAUUUGAUAAUACAUUUGAAAAACGACAACUUCAAAAUACAUGA